AUGGCCAACGGUGUUAGUGACAGCACUCUAUUGCCUGAUCUACCCCUUGUAUCCGAUUUUGCGUCCGAAGAGAGUAUCAAUGGCUUCAACGCUGUUGAGCGCGAUCCAAACUCUUGGGCGGGGUCACUGCCCGCUGAUCAGGGGCUCUACCUAAACGAAAACGAAAAAGACUCCUGCGGUGUUGGCUUCAUAUGCCACAUCAAAGGUGAACAAACUCACAAAAUCGUUUCCGAUGCCCGACAACUUCUGUGUGCUAUGACCCAUCGAGGCGCUACGGGUGCUGAUAGCAGGGACGGAGAUGGUGCGGGUGUAAUGACAGCCAUCCCUCAUCAUUUCUUCAAGAGAGAAGCUGAGCAAGACAUUGGUUGCACUCUGCCUGAGCCUGGCGAGUAUGCUGUGGGCAACUUCUUCUUUAAACCGAACGAUCCGGUACAAUUGCAAAGUCACCAAGCACUCUUUUCGAAACUUGCGAUCGAUCUGGGCUUGCGUGUGUUGGGUUGGAGAAAGGUCCCUACGGACGGCACUAUUCUCGGUCCGGCAGCGAGCAGCAAGGAACCCGUUAUCUUACAACCAUUUGUCGUGCUCCGCGCGCAUUACGGUGAUGGCAACGUUAGCCAAGGCGGUACAUUCGACUCAAAGCAUUUCGAGCGUCAGUUGUAUGUUCUGCGUAAGCACGCAACCCACAGCAUAACACUUGCAAAGGGAUUCUACGUGUGCUCAUUGUCCGCCAAAACCAUCAUCUAUAAGGGCCAACUUUCUCCUCCACAAGUCUACAAUUAUUACCAUGAUCUCAAUCAUGUUUUAUAUUGCUCCCACUUCACGCUCGUUCAUUCGCGCUUUUCGACUAACACUUUCCCAAGUUGGGACCGUGCCCAGCCGAUGAGACUUGCUGCCCACAAUGGUGAGAUAAAUACCGUGCGUGGUAAUAAGAACUGGAUGCGUGCACGCGAAGGCGUACUUUCGUCACAAAACUUUGGCGAUCAACUCGACCUCCUUUAUCCCAUCAUCGAAACCGGCGGUUCUGAUUCCGCUGCCUUCGACAAUGUCCUCGAGCUCCUUGUAGUGAACGGUGUCGUCACGCUCCCCGAAGCGAUUAUGAUGCUCAUCCCCGAGGCUUGGCAAGGGAACGAAUAUAUGGAGCCGCAGAAGAAGGCAUUUUACAGUUGGGCAGCGUGCCUUCAGGAGCCUUGGGACGGACCAGCUCUUUUCACUUUCAGCGACGGUCGCUUCUGUGGCGCGAAUCUCGAUCGCAACGGUCUGAGACCAUGUCGGUUCAUCGUCACCAGCGAAGAUAUCAUGAUUUGUGCUUCGGAGGUUGGGGCCUUGUACGUCGCACCCGACAAGGUUGUUCAGAAGGGUAGAUUGAAGCCGGGGCGCAUGCUUCUUGUGGACACUGUAGAAGGGAGGAUAGUCGAUGACAAGGAGUUGAAACGGGAUACGGCGUCCAAACAAAACUUUGCUUCUUGGGUAGAGGCGCAUGUUCUGCAUAUGCCUAACAUAGUAAAGCGCGCUCUACGCGGCAAUACGCGUCUCGGACCUCAGCUCGACGACGCACCCCUCAGCACCGACCCGAAAUUACUUGCAUUCGGGUAUACUGUCGAGCAACUCAGUUUGCUCCUCCUGCCGAUGGUCUCGGAAGGAAAGGAAGCUUUGGGGUCCAUGGGUAACGACGCACCAAUAGCACCUAUGGCCACCCAGCCACGUCUUAUCUACGAUUACUUUCGCCAGCUCUUUGCUCAGGUCACCAAUCCCCCAAUUGAUCCCAUUCGUGAGAGCAUCGUCAUGUCGCUCGAAGCUUACGUUGGCCCUGAGGGUAAUCUUCUCGAAAUGAAGCCUCAGCAAUGUCACCGAAUUCUCCUUCCUUCACCCCUGAUUUCCAUCGAGGAAAUGAACGCCAUAAAGAACCUUAAGGUUGCUUAUGCUGGAUGGCCUUCUCGAACCAUCGAUAUCACUUUCCCGAAGGAACAUGGCCUUCCCGGCUACCAAUUAGCUCUCGAACGCGUAUGCAGUGAGGCUGCCCAGGCUAUCGACGAUGGGAUCAAGGUAGUGAUCCUCAGCGAUCGAGCAACCGCUUCGGACAGGGUGCCGCUUUCUGCACUCGUCGCUUGUGGUGGUGUCCACCAUCAUCUUGUUUUACAAAAGAAGCGCGCGAAGAUUGCCCUCAUGAUCGACACUGGCGAGGCUCGCGAAGUUCAUCACCUUUGUGUCCUUGUCGGUUACGGUGCCGACGCUGUAUGUCCCUGGUUGAUGAUGGAGGCCAUUCACAAAGUCGGCCGGGAAGGAUUAAUCAAAGGAGAUAUGAACGUCGAGCAACUUAUAGAUAAUUAUAGACACUCCAUCGACAAUGGCAUCCUCAAGGUCAUGUCCAAGAUGGGCAUCUCCACCCUUCAAUCCUACAAGGGCGCUCAGAUUUUCGAGAUUCUUGGGCUUCACAGGGAAGUCGUUGAGCGCUGCUUCAUCGGCACUGCAAGCAGAGUGCAAGGCGCUACAUUCGAUCUUCUCGCCAUGGACGCCUUCGAGUUGCACGAACGCGGAUGGCCCAGCCGUGAGACUAUCAUCCCUCCUGGUAUGCCCGAGUCCGGCGAAUAUCAUUGGCGAGAUGGUGGUGAAGCCCACAUCAACGACCCCACUGGUAUUGCCAAUCUUCAGGACGCUGUUCGCGAAAAGAAUCAGUCAGCGUACGAGGCUUAUGCGCGCAAUGCAAAUGAACAAGCUCAGCGUAUCCACCUUCGCGGGCUACUUGAUUUCCGAUAUGAAGACGCUACCGCCAUACCAGUCGAUCAGGUCGAACCCUGGAACGAGAUAGUACGACGUUUCGUCACGGGCGCUAUGUCUUAUGGUUCUAUCUCCAUGGAAGCCCACACGACACUGGCUAUUGCUAUGAAUCGUCUGGGUGGAAAAUCCAACACGGGUGAAGGUGGUGAAGACGCAGAGCGUUCUACUGUGCUUAACAAUGGCGAUACAAUGCGGUCGGCAAUCAAGCAGGUCGCUUCAGGUCGUUUCGGCGUCACAUCUAAUUACCUAUCAGAUGCCAACGAGCUCCAGAUCAAGAUGGCACAAGGAGCCAAACCUGGCGAGGGCGGAGAACUACCCGGUCACAAGGUAUCCAUGUCAAUUGCACGCACGCGCCACUCGACGGCUGGCGUCGGGCUUAUUUCCCCACCUCCUCAUCACGACAUUUACUCGAUCGAGGACCUGAAGCAGCUUAUAUACGAUCUAAAGUGCUCUAAUCCUCGUGCCCGUAUAUCCGUCAAGCUCGUGUCUGAAGUCGGUGUCGGUAUUGUUGCUAGUGGUGUCGCCAAAGCCAAAGCCGACCAUAUAUUGAUCUCUGGCCAUGAUGGUGGAACCGGUGCUUCUCGCUGGACCGGUAUUAAAUAUGCUGGUCUGCCAUGGGAACUCGGUCUGGCCGAAACCCACCAGACGCUCGUGCUGAAUGAUCUUCGUGGUCGCGUCACCGUGCAAACUGACGGGCAACUGCGCACUGGACGUGAUAUCGCCAUUGCCUGUCUUCUUGGUGCGGAAGAGUGGGGUUUCGCUACGACGCCCUUGAUUGCUAUGGGUUGUAUCAUGAUGAGGAAGUGCCACCUGAACACAUGCCCCGUUGGCAUUGCUACCCAAGAUCCACAACUCCGAGCUAAAUUCGCAGGCCAACCCGAGCAAGUCAUCAACUUCUUCUACUAUCUUGCGGAGGACCUUCGCAGCUACAUGGCCAAGCUGGGCUUCCGUACGAUCAACGAAAUGGUUGGGCGAGCCGAUAUGUUGAAAGUAAACGAGAAGCUGCGCACUGUCAAGACGGCUCACUUGGACCUGUCUGCGGUAUUGAAACCUGCCUGGCAGAUGCGCCCCGGUGCAGCGACUUACCGCGUCCGCUCUCAAGACCACAAACUCUACAUUCGUUUGGACAACAAAUUCAUUGACGAAGCCGAACCUGCGCUCACCAAAGGUCUUCCCGUCCAUAUCGACUGCGACGUCGUCAACACGGAUCGCGCACUUGGAACAUCCCUUUCCUACCGAAUCUCGAAACUUUACGGCGAGGAGGGACUCCCGAAGGAUACCAUCCACAUCAGUAUGAGAGGUUCUGCUGGCCAGUCGUGCGGCGCUUUCCUUGCGCCUGGAAUCACCAUCGAUUUGGAAGGUGACGCCAACGAUUAUGUCGGGAAGGGUCUAUCUGGUGGUCGUCUCAUUGUAUAUCCUCCAAAGGAAUCCAAAUUCAAGGCCGAAGAGAAUAUUAUCGUUGGAAACGUCUGCCUGUAUGGCGCAACGUCAGGCGAGGCCUUCAUUCGUGGUAUUGCUGCUGAACGCUUCGCUGUUCGUAACUCUGGUGCGAACGCCGUAGUCGAGGGGAUGGGCGACCAUGGAUGCGAGUACAUGACAGGUGGCCGAGUUGUUGUGCUAGGGACGACCGGUCGCAACUUCGCUGCAGGCAUGAGCGGAGGCAUUGCUUACGUCCUCGACACAGCGCACACCUUUGCCUCGAAGGUUAACAUGGAGAUGGUAGAGCUGGGCAAGGUUAACGACCCGCGUGAAAUCGCCGCUCUCCGGAGCCUCAUCGAAGACCACAGGCACUACACUGGCUCUGAAGUUGCCGACCGCGUACUACAUGACUUCCACCAUCUACUGCCCCUCUUCGUUCGCGUUAUGCCCCUCGAUUACAAGCGAGUCCUCGAGGAACAAACUGCAAAGGAAAAGGAGGAUAAGAUUCGACAAAGUUUGGAAGACAUUCUGUUGCCUAAGACCCCUACUCCCAAUACUCUCAUGCCGCCGCUUGCAAAGCGUUCUGAACCAUCUGUGACCGACAUGGAGGACUCGUUAAUCGACGAUGGCAGUGCGAAGCAACGAUCCCUCAAGCUUGACAAAGUCAAAGGGUUCAUGAAAUAUCAACGUCUCAGUGAAGCCUAUCGCCCACCCCGCAAGCGCGUCAAGGACUGGAAGGAGAUCUCCACGAGAUUGACCGUCAGUGAACUCAAGUACCAAUCUGCUCGAUGCAUGGACUGUGGCGUUCCUUUCUGCCAAUCCGAUUCAGGCUGUCCCAUCUCCAACGUUAUUCCGAAGUGGAACGACCUUGUUUUCAAGGGUCAAUGGAGGGAUGCUCUGAAUCGUCUGCUUUUGACCAAUAACUUCCCGGAGUUUACUGGACGUGUUUGCCCUGCUCCUUGCGAGGGUGCUUGUGUCCUGGGUAUCAACGAACAGCCCGUGGGUAUCAAGAGUAUCGAAUGUGCCAUCAUUGACAAGGGUUUCGAAAUGGGCUGGAUGGCUCCCAAUCCUCCCACCUUCCGCACUGGCAAACGCAUAGCCAUCAUCGGUUCAGGACCUGCUGGACUGGCAUGCGCAGACCAAUUGAACAAAGCUGGUCAUUUUGUUACUGUGUUCGACCGUAACGAUCGCUUCGGAGGACUCCUCAUGUAUGGUAUCCCUAACAUGAAGCUUGACAAGUCUGUGGUUCAACGGCGCAUCGACCUAAUGGCUGCCGAAGGAAUCACUUUUGUCCCCAACGCUCACGUCGGGGUCGACGUAGAUGUUGCACACAUUCGUGCCGAGAGCGAUGCCGUCGUUGUGUGUACAGGAGCUACUUGGCCUCGAGACUUGAAGAUUCCCAACCGCGACGCCGAUGGCAUUCAUUUCGCCAUGGAGUUCCUACAGCUCAACACGAAGUCUCUUCUGGACUCCGAGCUGCAAGAUGGGGGUUACAUCAACGCUAGGGGUAAGGAUGUCAUUGUCAUCGGCGGAGGUGACACUGGCAACGACUGCAUCGGGACUGCUAUGCGCCAUGGCGCGAAGUCGGUUACCAACUUCGAGCUUCUUCCCCGCCCGCCUGGUGCCAGAGGCAGAGACAACCCGUGGCCCCAGUGGCCCAGAAUCUUCCGAACUGACUACGGCCACACUGAGGUCGCCGCCCACUUCGGUAAUGACCCACGAGAGUACUGUAUCUCCACGAAGGACUUCGUGCUCAACGACGAGGGCAAGCUCAAAGGUCUCAACACUGUUCGCGUCGAGUGGACGAAGGACAGCGGUGGGCGCUGGAAGAUGGAAGAAGUCCCCGGUUCGGAGAAGUUCUUCCCCGCGCAGCUUGUGUUCUUGGCGCUAGGAUUCCUGGGUCCGCAAGUCGAGCUCGUCAAAGCGCUGUCGCUGAAGCAGGAUGGGCGAUCAAAUAUCCAGACACCACCCAAGAAAUACUCCACGAACGUCGAAGGUGUUUUCAGUGCUGGUGAUUGUCGCCGCGGUCAGUCGUUGAUUGUGUGGGGCAUCCAGGAGGGACGCAGUGCCGCCGCCGAAGUAGACGCCUGGCUUUCCAGCGGUACGACCAGACUGCCUAGCGCUGGUGGCAUCAAAACCCGGACGUUCAUCCCGCCGCCCAGCAACCUUCCGCGUAUUGUCGAAACUGCGGCGUAA